AUGGUGAUGACGGACCGGUACACCAAUGCCGAAUGGGCUGUACAGAUUGCAGAGACGCAGAAGAACGUGGUGGCUAAGCUGGAGCCGAGGGCGGUACCAAAAUUGAACAGCAGGGAAUUUGCGCAGACAAUCGACCACACGCUCUUGAAACUGGAUGCUACGGCAACGCAGAUUGAUGCGCUGUGCUCCGAGGCCAGGAUUGAAGGCUUCAAGAGCGUCUGCGUCCGCCUCCCCUUCGUAGCCCGCUGCGUCUCCAACCUCAAAGGCUCCCCCGUCGUCGUCGCCUGCGUCGUCGGCUUCCACGAAGGCACCCAAGACUCGCACUCCAAGUUCCGCGAAGCGCAAGCCGCCGUCACCGCCGGCGCCAGCGAGCUCGACAUUGUCCUCAACCACGCCAUCCUGACCAGCGUCUCCCCUCCCCCAGGCAGCCACCAAUCCGUCCCCAGCGACGCCACAACCGCAAGCAUCACAGCUUCCAACACAGCCUCCAAUAGCAGACCCUUCUCCUCCAAGGCUCUAGCAAUAGAAGGCCCCUACUCUGACCUCUCCUCGUCCGCUGCCUCCUCGCUACUAGGAUCCUCAGCAGCGCCUCCAACCCCGAAUUACAGCGCCAUCUACACCGAGCUCGCCUCCCUCCGCUCCCUCUGCCCCGCUCCGACUACUCUCAAGCUCAUCCUCGAAACCGCCGCCUUAACCCCGUCCCAGAUCCUCGCCGCCGCCACCCUCGCCGCGGCCGCAAACUUCGACUUCAUCAAGACCUCAACCGGCUUCGCGGGCCGCGGCGCCACCCUCGACGACGUCGUGCUCAUGACGGCCGCCGCGAACUACCUCAGCACGCAGCAACCAAGCGGGGGUGGGUCGCCGGUACGCCGCCGGCGGAUGCAGGUGAAAGCGAGUGGGGGCGUGCGGAGCUUGGAGGACGCGGUGAGGAUGCUGGAGGCGGGCGCGACGCGGCUGGGGACGAGCAGUGGGUUGUGGAUUAUGCAGGAGGCGCGGCGGGUGGUUAAGGAGAGGGAGUUGAGUCCUGAGGAGAAGGCGAGAGCGGAGAGGCCUGGGGGCGGGGUGACGAGGUUGUAUACUGAUAAUUCGGUGGAUGGGUAUUAG